AAAUUUAUCCAGAAUGAAAUCCCCUCUCACUGUCGUCUAUAUAUAUAUAUGUAUAUAUAGCGAAAGAAGAAUAAAUACUUACCCAAACAAAGCAAAUCGAAGAGAAGAUUAGAGAAGAGAGAGCAGAGCAACGAUUUCGAAGAUAGAAAGAGAUGGCAGAUGUGGUUGAAGAAAUUAGUGAUGGUAAAUCUUUGUUAGCAGCAGACACAGAAAAAAAAGAAACAGAUAUAUCAUACGAUGAAGAAGAAGAUGAUGAUGGUUAUGACUCUCAAGAUGAAGAUGAAGAUGAAGAUGACAACCAUUUUAUUCUUGUUGAAGAUGAAAGGAUAACCAAAUCAAGGGAAAAUAAAGCUAAGUUACCACCAAACACAAAAUUUUCAUACUUAUCCGAUGAAGAUGAUGAAUAUGAACAAGAUUGGGCCAUUGUUCACAAACAACUCCUUCAAACUGAUGGUUUUCAUGUUGAUUACCUUCCUAAUAAACACAAAAGGAACUGGUAUCAGAAAAUCUUGGGCAAUUCUUGUUGUAAAUAUACUAUUGAAGCAGCUAAUUUAGCCGUUGCUGAAUAUAACAAACUUGAGGGUGCUAAUUUGGAGAUUAGAGAGAUUAUAAAUGUGAUACAAAUAGGAUUCGAUUAUUAUUAUCUUACACUGCAGUGUACGGAUGGAAAAUACUACGAAGUUAAGGUAUUCUUACAAAUGAGUCCCGAAAUUGAUUUGGAAAUGUUUAGGCCUGCUAAACAUUAUCCAAGACCAACAACAACUACUACUACAUCAGAAGAAAAAGAAGAAGCAGCAGCCUCCGACUAGAACAAAGGCUGUGUUAGUUAUUUCGAUCGAUGUUUUCUUCUUCUUUUGUUAGUUAUCACUUUGGCUUUUUUUAUCUUUCAAUUUGUGGUAAUAGUUUCGAAGACAUGAAUUUAGUUGAUGAAUCCUACUACUCAAACUUUGAAUUCAUAAUCCAAAUCGCCAUCAACAUUAGCGACAGAACUUCUCAUAUGGUUUGUUUUGUUGCACAAAAAUUUGGCACAAAUUUGUGACAUUGUUAUAUCAUGUUUUGUUAUUAUGCUUCAAUAUAAAUAACCGUUGUUAGGUUCUCUACUUAUCGGUUAUCUCCAUAAGUAACGACAGUGACCCAAAAUCAUUGUUAGGUUCCCUACUUGCCAAUUAUCUCCAUAGAUAACGACAAUGGCCUGGAAUUGUUGUUAGGUUCCCUACUUGUCGGUUAUCUCCAUAGAUAACGACAGUGACCCAGAACCAUUGUUAGGUUCUCUACUUGUUGGUUAUAUCCAUAGAUAACGACAGUGACCUAGAAUCGUUGUUAGGUUCCCUACUUGCCGUUUAUCUCCAUAUAUAAUGACAGUGACCCAGAACUGUUGUUAAGUUUCCUACUUGCCGAUUAUCUCCAUAGAUAAUGGCAUUAACUUGGAACCGUUGUUAGGUUCCCUACUUGCUAGUCAUCUCCAUAGAUAACGACAGUGACCCAAGAUCGUUGUCAAGUCUCUACUUGUCAGUUAUCUCCAUAGAUAACGACAGUGAUCCGGAACUGUUGUUAGGUUCCCUACUUGUCAGUUAUCUUCAUAGAUAAUGACAGUGACAUAUAUGGAUGUCGGAUUAGGGAAUCGACUUGUCUUAUUAGGCAAUGUGAUAUAUGGAUGCCAAGUUAAGGUAUCGACUCACCUUAUUAAGUAAUGAGAUUUAUGAAUACUAGGGAAUAAUUUUUAGGUUGCCUAAUUUAACAACGUCAGUAACAUUUGAUUAUCAAUUUUGAAUAUCAAGGUGAUUUUAUUAAACAACGACAAGUACAUUAGUAUACCAGGUGAGGUAUUAAAAUUACUUUGUUAAGAAAGUGGUGAGAAUAAUUAUAUGAAGUAACAGAUAUAGUUAUUAUUAUUGACUGGUAAUUGUGUAUAACCGUAUAUCUUUAUAUUGACAUUCAUUAUGUUUGAAUAUAUGUACUGACCCAAAUUUAAAUAUAUGAGUAAUGUAUGAUUAUUUGAUUCUGAUGUGAGUUUACUUGCUAAUAUUGUGUGGUGAAUUAUAUGAUUGUUUUUAUUACUUUUCUUGCUGAGUCCUUGUGACUCACGAGUAUUAUGUGGUGCAGGUAAUAGGUAGAAACAUUUGGACAAUUAUGAGAAAAGAAUCUUCUCCAACAAGUGUACAUAUCGGCUUAUCUUUAUGAACCGCUAGCUUCUCCCACAACAACCAAUUAAUACCUGGGCCAUUACUACUUGCCCGCCACCAAUACUUACACAUGAUUUGCUCCAUUUCAGAACAAAGCUUAAACGGAAGCAGAAAAAUACUCAUAGCAUAACUAGAGAGAGAUUGAGCGACAAAUUUCAAAAGGACUUCCUUUCCCGACUUAGAGAGCCACUUUUCGUCCCAACUUUCCACUUGCUUAUGCAUUUUUUUUGUUAAGGAAACCCAAAGUAAUAAUUGUAUUCCUGUCCAUAGUAUUAGGAAGACCCAAAUACAAACUUUUAUCACCUGUAACCCACAUCACUAAAAUUUCCUAAACUCGAGCACAGUUUAUCUCUGAGGUAUUAGUGUUAAAAAAGAUAAAAGAUUUAGCAAUAUUCGCCUGCUGUCCUGAAGCUUGUUCAAACUUUGUCAGGAGCUCCAUAAUCUUGGCCGCCUCUCUUUCAUUGACUCGACAAUAAAGAUAACUGUCACCUAGCCACAUUACACCCAUAAAGCCACUUAUUUGUUUAGGCCUGCUAAACAAAUGAGUCCCGAAAUUGAUUUGGAAAUGUUUAGGCCUGCUAAACAUUAUCCAAGACCAACAACAACUACUACUACAUCAGAAGAAAAAGAAGAAGCAGCAGCCUCCGACUAGAACAAAGGCUUCCAACCGUUGUUAGUUAAUUCGAUCGAUGUUUUCUUUUCUUUUGUUGCUUUUGCUUUAGUGUUUUGGAGUGUAAGAACUUAUCACUUUGACUUUUUUUCAUUUUUCAAUUAGUUUUGGUUAAACCUUGUGGUAAUAGUUUAGGAGACAUGAAUUGAGUUGAUGAAUCGUACUACUCAAACUUUGAAUUCAUAAUCCAAAUCGUUAUCAACA